AUGUUUAGUUACAUAUGGAUCGUAAUAAGUGCUAUUACUAUUGUCAUCAUCGUCACAUUAGUUGGACUUCGAUUAACAAAUUCUUAUAAAGCAAAAGCAAAUAGACAAAAUGCUAUUGAUAAAGAUGCAUUUAUCGAUUUAGAACAAUUAAUCGAUCAACCAUCAAUAUUUAUUAUAUCAAAUGAUAUUAUUGAUGAUGUAAAUUUAAAACAAAAACAAUAUCAACAACGAUCGAAAGAAGCUUUAUCCGUAACAGAAACAGGUAACAUUUCAAAUACAAUGAUUCAACAUACAAGAGACUAUUUAUCAACACAUGUCCAAUACUCACAACCACAAACAACUGUUUCCGAUCUAUUAACAGAUAAAAUAACAAUUGACUAUUGA